AUGAUACAAAACGACGAUCCUUUUGCCCCUGUUCUCCUUCGAUUUUUGGAAUCAGGUUACAAGUUUGAAGAGCCAUUUCCGGACUACCGCGACAAUCCUGAGCCCAGUAAUCCUCUCAAUCUCUACGACAGACACCUUUCACCUUCUUUGCUGCUAAAGAACAUCAGGCAUGCGCCUUGGAUUACGAAGGAGCUUUCAAAAAUUUGCGAGGACACCAUCACGGAGUUUACAUCGGCGGGGCAUAAAUUUGAUAAAAAUCGCAACUACUGGAAACAUUUUCGCGAGAAAACAUACGACAAUGAUUGUGUUGGCGUAGCAGACUGCCACUUCGAUCGCAUAAGCGUGCCGUGCAAUGCUUAUGCUUCAAAGUUGCUCUUCAGCCCGAAUGAUCCAGUAUGGUUCUCUUUUCUUGUUCCACGCGUAAACAGAUCUUAUACGCCCCAAAAGUCUUUCCGUUGCGAUGGAGAGAUUUCUAUGAUCAAACCUAAAAAGAAGGACAAUGGUGACAGAGAAUUAGAAAUUCCGCCCGAAACACGGUCAACGCUGGACAGUGACACCUUAUCGAAGAUUGACAAGCUUAGAGGUUUGAAGAGCAUUUUUAAUUACGAAUUUUUCAUCAAGGCCAAGUCUGCGGAGGCGCUACUGAACAAGAUGAACCGCUGGGGAGCAUUCAAAUGGGAAAUGCCAACGGUAACAGGCGCUCCUGCGUUACCUACCUCGCCUCCGUGCAUGGACUCUCCUAUCAUCCACUCCCUCUUUCCUUCUAUAGAUACAUCAAAUCCCCGCUCAACACUCGCGUCCACAAAGCCUCCCGGAACGAAACGAAAGGUUAUAGCUCCAAUGAAAAGCAAUGAAAAGGGUGAAUCAAGGUACAGGAUUAAUGCCCAGCAUUACAUACAAAAGGCAUGGGUGGAUGCAGUGGACUGUGAUGUCACAUUCAUUGUGUUUACCUGCGGCAAAAAAGAGAGAGUUGCUAUUCGACACCGUCAAAGUCAGACUUUGUACCUCUCGGACCUGAUUGAUCCAAUGCGGAUGCCCGGUUACCGGCAAAUGCAUCUUGGCCUCACUAUCGCUGCCUUGAAGGAUCGAUUAGCUAUGUUGGACCAAAAGGAAUCAUCCAACAAACAUUCUUCAAAACGUAAAACUCCUCCUCAGGAUCCCGUUUCUUAUAACACUGUGAAGGACAAGGCAACGAGAAGGCAACGGAGGAGGUUAGAUCCCGAGCUGGAAAUAACUACGCAUGAAAUAGAUAAAAAGGCUGCCAAGCGCGAUUUACUUCUUUUCUACCUAAACUUUGAGAUGUUGUGUUCACCAGCGCCGUCUUCAUUUCAACGUAUGGAACCGUCGUGUGUAUCACGACCGUUCCAAAACCAAUCAUACCAUUUUAAACGCAAACCAUCCUAUCCUCCGGAAAGUUAUAUCUUGGUGACCGCACAUCAAGACGACAUUGGGCAUGGGGCAAUGGGCUUGAUAUACAGAGUCACCGUCGAAAUUGAAAUGAAUGAUGGAUCCAAACAUCAGCGCCCUCUCAUUCUCAAGCUUGCCAUUGGUCUUAAAAAAGAUCAAAUUAUCCGAGAAUACGAAAUGUAUAAACGGUUGGCUGAAGCUGAUGUCACAUACGGGAUCGUUGGCGUCCACGGUUUAUUUCACGACAUGGAAAGCGAUGCAAUGCUCCUCAUCAUGGAGGAUGCAGGGAAGUCGCUUAGAACGCGUGCGAUCGAGAAAAAUCUCAAGAUUCAUUAUGAUUGGGAUGACUCAGUUGAGACGACAGAAGAAGAAUGCAACGCCUUUGUCGAGGUCCUGGAAGGUAUCCAUAAUGCACACGUAGUUCACCAAGAUCUUAGGAUUGACAAUUUGAUGAUGAACGAUGCCGGUGAUGUUUUCAUAAUCGAUUUCGACAAUGGUGAAUAUGACCCAUUCAAAGAUUCAUUCAGGUACAAGAGAGACACUGAAGACCUGUUAGACGCACUUGGGUGGGCAGUUAGUGAGGAUGAUGAAAGCGAUGGUGAUGAUGAAAGUGACGAAGAAGACGAAGAUGAAGAUGGGGGUGAAGAUUGUGAGGAGGAUGCAUAA